UUGUUGCAAUUUGUUUACAAUUUUGUUUUAAAUUCAAUAAAUUAUUGAAAUGAGUGAAAGUGAUAGUAAAAUCAUGGGAGACACACUGGCUUGUCGCCUGUGUUUAUCGACCAACGUGAAACUCCUCGAUAUGUUCAAGUAUCGUCUUCAUACAGCUUAUAAUGUACUCACAGGAUUAGAGAUGACGAUCACGGACGGUCUACCGUCUUACGUCUGCAAUUUAUGCAGCGCGCUACUCAUCAAGAGUGUGACUUUCAAACGGAUGUGCAAGAUCUCACAAGAGUUGCUGAUGCUUGGGUUAUCACAGGGACUGCUAUCAACAGACUAUGUUGAAAACUUAAAAAUCUUACAUCCGUUCCCUCUCACCACACAAACCAACGAUGUGAUCAGUUGCAACGAGCAGGUGAUCAAAGACGAAGACGAUUGGGAUUGGGACUACGAUCAGGACUAUAAAACGAAAGAAUCAGAAUCUAGUGACGAAGAACCAUUAUCCUGUAAAGUUAAAAAAUGUGAACCGGCUGAAGACGUUCAAUCAAUUAAAGAAGAGGAAUCGUUUAUUGAAUCACCAAAACCACAGGAUGAGGACUCGUUGAAACUACCAAAGAGUUGGGAUAAUGAUUUCCCAAAUGGAGAAGUUGAUGUGCUUAUUUUGACGAAGGAAGAGCAAAUGGCUGAAGUGAUAUCAAGGAGGACUUCAACGAACUAUUUGAACUCGUUUUAUAAAUGCGAGAUGUGCUACAAAGGUUUUAUAACGGAUACAACGUACAAGAAUCACAUGGCCAGACAUGAUCCAAGCAGCGGUAUCCACGAAUGCGAGGUCUGCCACAUGCGGUUCCCGCACACGAGGUCUCUAAGAGCCCACAUCGCGAGCUCGCAUGAACAGAAGUUCGUUUGUAAGCUGUGCACAUUCGUGUCCAAGUCUAGAUACAGGGCGAAAGAACAUUCCAAAUGGCACAGCGGUCAUACGUUCGCUUGCAAAUAUUGCGGCGCUACUUUUGCCAAGUCAACCAGUCACCUAACGCACAUACGCCUCCACCACCCGUCUAAACACACUUGCUUCGUGUGCGGCGAGUCGUUCAUAGGAGAGAAUGGACUCAACAUGCAUUACAAGAAGGCUCAUAGAGGCGUGAAGCAUUCGGAUGCGGGCACAAAGCGGUGCACAAACUGCGAUGUCCGUUUCCAUAAUAACGACGCUCUGAAGAGACAUACGGAAGGGAAAGCUGAAUGUGAUCCUAGUUUAAGCCCGUGUGGUCGCUGCGGAGAAAAUUUCAACACUUCAGAAGAAUUAAAGGAACACACGAAAGAACAUACCAAAGAAGAACAAGUGAAAUGUGAAGAGUGUAACCGAACGUUCGCGCACGAGCGUUCGUACGCGGUGCACUUCCAACGAGUACAUUUGCGGGUGCGUGCCGCUAGCAGGGACGUCCGUGGGAAGAGUCGAAAUACAUCGCGCGUUUGCGAGGUUUGCGGCCGAAAGUGCAUUUCGAACGCGUCGCUGCGGUACCAUCAGCGAAUCCACACGGGCGAGCGGCCCUACCAGUGCAACCAGUGUCCCAAACGAUUCAGCAUCUCGCAGAGACUUCAGUUCACUUAA